CAUUACCCGCAGCUAGCAAACAAAUGGCCACCGUCCUGAGCAGCCCCCGCGCGCCGGCCUUCUCCUUCUCCCUCCGCGCCGCGCCAGCGCCCACUACCGUGGCCAUGACCCGUGGCGGUGGCGCCAGCAGCAGGCUGCGCGCGCAGGCCACCUACAACGUGAAGCUCAUCACGCCGGAGGGGGAGGUGGAGCUGCAGGUGCCCGACGACGUCUACAUCCUGGACUACGCCGAGGAGGAAGGCAUCGACCUGCCCUACUCCUGCCGCGCGGGGUCCUGCUCCUCCUGCGCCGGCAAGGUCGUCUCCGGCUCCGUGGACCAGUCCGACCAGAGCUACCUCGACGACGGCCAGAUCGCCGCCGGCUGGGUGCUCACCUGCGUGGCGUACCCCACCUCCGACGUCGUCAUCGAGACGCACAAGGAGGAUGACCUUAUCUCCUAAGCAAAUUAAUAAAGCACCGCCAAUUAUCACGUCGACUUGCAAGCACAGGAGAGUAGAAGAUGUCUCAAUACUGGCUGUGCAUGUAAUUUUUUUGUCCGUUUCAAACUGUAUUGUAAACUAUUACCUCUGUUUUCAAAUAUUUUUUAAAUAUUUAUCGCCGGCUAGUUCUUC